AUAGAACUUUGGAAAUCUUUGACGAACGUAUAUUCCCACUUAAACGAGGACAAGUUCCGGAAGAAUACUUUAUAUAUGAUCCUGCACACAAAAUGAUUUUCAAAUUCAUGCGUACCCUGUUUCAUGCCAAAGGGCUAAAUGCUGACUUAGCAAUCAUAAGUUUGGUAUACAUAAAAAGACUUCUAAAGUGUGCUGAUAUCAACAUUUGUCCAUCCAACUGGAAGAGGAUUAUCUUCGGAGCCGUUCUUCUUGCCAUCAAGGUUGGGAGCAAUGUGGCUGUGUGCAAUAAGGACUUAUGCAAGCUCUUUGAGAAAAUGACAGUUGACCAUAUGUGAGUUUGUACAGUUUUUGUGAACUUUCUAACCAUUUUUGAAUACUUUAUUUGUUCCCAUAAACGUAAACACUUUGAGAAAUACUUUUAAAGGUUACAUUAUGCAGAUAAUAAGAAUGGAC